ACCCAAACAAGUAACAACUUCUCCUCCAUGUUUUAAAUCACAAACACUGCCUUAUAUUUCUUUCCAUCCUCUGCAUUUCCUCUGAUCCACUCUCUUCUCAUUCCCUCUAUUUCUCACAGUUUCUUCACAACCACAGGAAGAUACAAGAGAGAAGAAAAACAGGAAAAGAGCUUGUGAAUUGAGCUAGCUAGAUAGCCAUGGCUAAGGAAUUACAGGUUCUUAAUGCGCUUGACGUAGCGAAAACACAAUGGUACCACUUCACUGCAAUUAUCAUUGCAGGAAUGGGCUUUUUCACAGAUGCAUAUGACCUCUUUUGCAUAUCUCUUGUGACCAAACUUCUCGGUCGCAUAUACUACCAUGUUGAUGGUGCAGAGAAGCCUGGAACUUUACCUCCUAACGUAUCAGCCGCCGUUAAUGGUGUAGCAUUUUGUGGAACUCUGGCAGGGCAGCUCUUCUUUGGUUGGCUCGGGGACAAGAUGGGGCGGAAGAGAGUCUAUGGCAUGACACUCAUGCUCAUGGUGAUAUGCUCGGUCGCCUCAGGUGUUUCUUUUGGUCACAAUGCUAAAGCUGUGAUAUCAACCCUUUGCUUCUUCCGGUUUUGGCUCGGGUUUGGCAUUGGUGGUGACUACCCACUUUCUGCCACAAUCAUGUCUGAAUAUGCUAACAAAAAGACUCGAGGAGCCUUCAUUGCUGCUGUAUUUGCCAUGCAGGGCUUUGGAAUUUUGGCAGGCGGCUUAUUUGCCAUAAUUAUAUCAUCUGCAUUUCGUACCAGGUUUGAUGCUCCAGCUUAUGAGGUUGAUGCAGUUGCCUCUACCGUGCCGCAGGCCGACUACGUUUGGCGUAUAAUUCUAAUGGUUGGAGCACUUCCUGCUGCACUUACCUACUAUUGGAGGAUGAAGAUGCCUGAAACCGCUCGUUACACUGCUCUUGUUGCCAAGAAUGCAAAACAGGCUGCUUCGGAUAUGUCCAAAGUGCUUCAGGUGGAUCUAGAGGCAGAAGAGCAGAAGGUUCAGCAGCUAGCUCUGGAUCAGUCCAAUUCAUUUGGUUUGUUCUCUAAAAAGUUUCUUCGUCGCCAUGGACUUCACUUGCUCGGAACAACUACAACAUGGUUCUUGCUUGACAUUGCAUUCUACAGCCAAAAUCUGUUCCAGAAGGACAUCUUUAGCGCAAUUGGUUGGAUUCCUCCUGCAAAAACUAUGAGUGCCAUUGAGGAGGUUUAUAGAAUUGCAAGGGCACAAACACUUAUUGCACUAUGCAGUACUGUUCCAGGUUACUGGUUUACAGUGGCUUUCAUUGACAAAAUGGGAAGAUUUGCCAUCCAAUUGAUGGGAUUCUUCUUCAUGACAGUGUUCAUGUUUGCACUAGCUAUUCCUUACAACCAUUGGACACACAGCGAAAAUCGAAUCGGAUUUGUGGUGAUGUACUCAUUAACCUUCUUCUUUGCAAACUUUGGACCUAAUGCCACAACAUUCGUUGUCCCAGCUGAGAUUUUCCCGGCUAGGUUAAGGUCUACUUGUCAUGGAAUAUCAGCUGCAUCAGGAAAGCUUGGGGCUAUGGUUGGUGCAUUUGGGUUCUUAUAUUUGGCUCAGAACAAGGACAAGGGGAAGGCAGAUGCAGGGUAUCCAGCAGGCAUUGGUGUGAGGAAUUCACUUAUUGUGUUGGGCGUAAUCAACUUCUUAGGCAUGAUGUUCACUUUCUUGGUGCCUGAAUCAAAAGGAAAAUCAUUAGAGGAGAUGUCUGGGGAGAACGAGGAUAACAAUGAGCCUGGAGAGCAAAGUUCAUAUAAUAACAGAACGGUUCCAGUUUAGAUUCCGGUUUUUGUAACUUUCCUCUCUCUCUCUAUCUAUCUAGUACAAGUAGUUUUUCUUGCCUGCUCUUUCUUAAAAUUGUACUACUGUGUAAUUUGUACUGGAACUAAAGAUGAUGCUAUGAGAGAGAUGCACUAUGGCUUUUUAAUUUUCUA